AUGACCGCAUCAAAUUCAUCUGAGAAUUCAUCAGUGGAUAUUGAAAGUGAUCGAGGUGAUCAUGGUCAUUUUAAAAAGUGGGAAAAACUUCAGUGUAAUGAGUUAUAUCAAAUAUUUACUAUUCAGGGACGUCGAGCAGAGAAGGUGUUGUGGGCUGUGGCAGUGCUGUCAGCAAUAUUUAUUAUGGCCGAGUUCGCUGGUGGAUAUUUCGCUUCGUCAUUAGCAAUUAUGACAGACGCAGGCCACAUGCUGUCCGAUCUGCUGUCUUUCAUCAUCUCGAUAGUCGCUAUCAGAAGUGCCCGACAACCACCCAGUAAACGACUUUCGUGGGGCUAUGAACGAGCAGAAGUGCUAGGUGCAAUGGUGUCGGUCAUCAUUCUCUGGGUGCUCACCACCAUACUUGUUCUGCUGGCCAUCGAACGAAUUAUUAACAAUAGGCUGUCUGUCGAAGCUAAUGUAAUGUUAAUCACAGCUAGUGUUGGUGUAGGAUUCAAUGUGAUCAUGGGCAUUGUGCUGCACUUCGGAAGCGGAGGACAUGGACACACUCAUGGUGGUGUGAAUCAUAGUCGUUCGCAUGGGAAAAAUGUGAACGUUCGAGCAGCUUUUAUUCAUGUGAUUGGUGAUCUUAUUCAGUCGAUUGGCGUACUAAUUGCAUCAGUUGUCAUUAAAACAACCGGUUGGGAAAUGGCUGAUCCCAUAUGCACGUUUAUAUUUUCAAUAAUUGUGUUGUUUACAACGAUGACUGUACUUCGUGACAUUUUCUUCGUACUUAUGGAAGCGACACCGCGUCACCUGGAUUUCAAUGCCGUACGAAACGACUUAACAGAAUUGGAACACGUACAAAGUGUUCACGACCUGCAUUUGUGGUCUCUAAAUAUGGACAAGACAGCGCUAUCUGUUCAUUUAGCGCUUGACUCAUCGGAACACGCGUGGUCUACGGUUGAGGCGGCACGCAUGUUGAUUCGACAGAAAUACGGUAUCUCAAAGGCUACGGUACAAGUGGAGUCAUACGAUAAAAGUAUGAACUCAUGCGAACAAUGUAUGAACUAG